UCUCGCCGCCAACGCUUGCAGCACACCGCAUCCGACAACAUUCGCGUCUGAUAGCUGAACACCAGAGCGACAGGGAACCCUGGUGCGCCAUUAUGGUCGAAGACAAAUACGUUGGCCUGAUAUUGGCUGUGUCGUCUUCGCUUGCCAUAGGCACGAGUUUUGUCAUCACGAAGAAGGGUCUAAACGCUUCCGCAGAGAAACAUGGCUUUGACGGAGAUGGUUUCUCAUAUUUGCGAAAUCCCAUUUGGUGGGCCGGAAUAGUCACGAUGGUUUUAGGAGAGAUAUUCAACUUCGCCGCAUACGCAUUUGCACCUGCGAUUCUGGUGACUCCGCUCGGAGCUCUAUCAGUGCUAAUCGGUGCUGUCCUAGGGUCCUACUUUCUCCAGGAAUACUUGGGCGUGCUUGGCAAGAUUGGCUGCGCCAUAUGUCUGAUAGGAUCUGUCAUCAUCGUGCUCCAUGCGCCGCCGGACGAGGAAGUUGAGUCCGUUGACAAAAUUCUCGACUAUGCGAUACAGCCGGGCUUCCUAAUCUACUGUGUCUUCGUCGCCGCCUUUUCCAUCUUCAUGAUCUACAACAUAGCGCCCAAAUACGGCAGAAGAAAUCCGCUCAUUUACCUCUCCAUCUGCUCGACGACCGGAUCCGUAUCUAUUAUGGCGAUCAAAGCAUUCGGUAUUGCGCUCAAGAUGACUUUUGCUGGAAAUAACCAAUUUUCACACCCUUCCACAUACGUCUUCGUAAUCAUAACGGUCGGCUGCAUUUUGACGCAGAUGAACUACUUCAACAAAGCGCUCAGCCAGUUCUCAACCAACAUUGUCAACCCGCUUUAUUAUGUCACAUUCACGACAUGCACACUUGUCGCUUCCUUUCUACUCUUCCGCGGUUUUAACACCACCUCCGCCGUGAACACCAUCUCCCUCCUUUGCGGUUUCCUCGUCAUAUUCUCCGGCGUCUACCUCCUCAAUCUCUCCCGCGACGACCCUGACGGCAGCCGUGCUCUGGGUAACAACUUCAGCGACGGUGUGCCGACGGACGGCAUUUCGGGUUUCCCUACGAGGCGAAGCAUGCAGUUGCGACGCAGUACCGAAUCUAAUUUCCGGAGCCCUGCGCUUCCAUUUUUGGGCGGCCAUGGCAACGGCAGCCGGCAAAGUUUUGGGGAGAGGAGGGCAAUGAUGCACGACUACGAUAUCGAGAAUAAUCAAUUUGAGAUGGGCGAUCUGGCGGAUGAUAGCGAUGAGGCAGAAGGCGGUAUCAAGAGGACGAGCUUUGACGAAGCAGACGACGUGGGAUUGAACGGACGUCGACCGAGUGGCAGUGUGAGAGUCUCGAAAUCAUCCGUACGACCGAACGCCAAGGGCUCAGGCCGAUAAUACUUGCGAAGACCAGAUGCCAAAUCA